AUGACUCGUGACGUAGGUAGCUAGUUUCUGCUAAAGGGACAAGUACACAGAAUAAAGAACAAACAUUUAUCAUUGAAAUAGUUAAUAUAGCUAGUAGUUAUGUAAACUGUCAUUUUGUACUUGUUUCAUACAGGGCACAAGUGCAGAACAGGACAAUCGCUUCAGCAACAAGCAGAAGAAACUUCUAAAGCAACUGAAAUUUGCAGAAUGUCUGGAAAAGAAGGUAUGAUAAACAACAACAUCAACACAUCAGCUUUUAGCACAUCUUCUAAUUGAAUGCUCAGUGUCAAUGUCCCCACAACUAAAUAUAUGGUAUUGGCUGUAGCGUCAGUAUUGCCUGAUUUUGGUUUAAGUGUGUAAUGGGUUUGAGUUGGUAAUUGUUUUGAACUUCUUCCUGAUUCUUCCUCCCCUAGGUGGAUAUGACCAAGGUGAACCUGGAGGUCAUCAAACCUUGGAUCACUCAGCGAGUGACGGAGAUCCUGGGGUUCGAGGAUGAUGUCGUCAUAGAAUUCAUAUUUAACCAGCUGGAAGAAAAGGUAAUUAUAUUGACUCCAAUUCCUCCCUGUUCUUGUACAUACAUCAGAUGUUUUUACUUAAUGAGGAAAAGAUAGGUUGAUGUAACAAAGUAUAUUGCUUAGAAAAUACGCAAUAUAAAUGCAGAUGGGGAAAGAGCUACCACCGGUGUCCAGUGUAAAGAAAAAUACAUAUUUUGAAUAACACAAAGUUGUUGCUGUGAUAUGUGACGAAGUGCCUUUGUGCCACAGUUUUCUAAUGAUGAUGUGAUUUAUGAUUCAAAAGGCCUGAACCAAUAUCGAUGUUAUACCUUGCAUCAGAAGUAUAGCACCAACACCUUAUUAGCUCUCUGCUGAGCCCAAAGUGUCACUGAGCCCAACUCCCUGAUGCAGUGUGUGGUUUGAGGUGAGUUAUGGUCAGGGAUCAACAUCAACAUGCUAGUGAUAGAAACACUUGGACAAUGCCAUGCCAUUUUCUCCAUAUACCUUUGAAUUGCGCCACUAGUUUGGCUUUAUAUGUCCUCUGUAUCCUGUCUUUGGAGGGUGAUUUAAAGUUGAGAGGAUACAAUGAAAUUGUUAGGCUAUUGAUCCUCAUUUUAUUGGAGUAGAGACUGACAUCCUGUAGUAUCUUCAUUCUGGGCUGUGGGAAAAACAGUGCUUUAAAGAUUAUUACCAAGCCCACAAAGUGAUUUUUUGGAAUAUUGCAAUGCACAUGGACCCUAUUCUGCAUAAAUGAUAAGUUGCGUCAGUGCACUUGUUGUCCAGGUUUUCCCUCCAGUUUGUUAGAUUUCAUUGCCCCUCCUUGAAAUUGCCCUCAAUUUUGGAAGUCCAAUCGCAUGGUUAAAAUUAUACUUGUGCGUUAUACUUGCCUUGAGGUUUUUUCCACAUAAGUAGCGUUUGGCCUAUAAAACAUGACUUCAAGGGGAAAUUUGAUAUAAUACACUGGAUGAAACCUUGGAUAUAGAAAAAGGAAAUGUUUAACUUUAUUGAUAGCCUUAUAGUUCAUUAACAACUUCUUUUUAUGAAUGGUGCAUGACUCACAGCAACCCUAGGAUGAUUUUUAUUCAUACUAAGUUGUUGCUGCAAUCUCGUAAAGGUAUUAUCUGUUUUAGUGAACUUAGCCUAAUACUGGGAGGAAAAAUACAUUAAACUACGUCUUACCAAUUUUAUUUAAUUUCUGUACAAUUAUGUUUGGUUGGGUUUUUAAGCUAAAUGCUGUAACAACACAGUAAUGAUAAAAGGCCUUAUUAAUCAUUAUUAGUGAGAUAAAAGGGUAUCUAACUUUCAUUCUUGACUUAAGAUGUUGAAAUAAAACCCCUUUCAAAUGUCUUGUGCACUCAUUAUUGCUUGUUCGUCUCUUGCAAUUUAGAUAAAUGAUAUAACAAUAAACUCAAGGUGGUUGAGUCUCAAGCAGUAGGGAGGCGGAAGCAAGCCAAGGGAGCGUCUCUUUCUGCAGGAGACUCGGGCGCUCCAUACCCACUGAUCCCGCGGGACACACUGAAGACACCGGGACUGUACUUGCAGUGUUGGGUUUUGAUGCACUCUGUUUUGUGGAUAUCUGUUAAUCUCUCAAAGAAUAGACUGUGGGGAGACCGAGAACAACAGGACAGGAAGACUAGUUAUUUUUUAUCAAGAUUAAUGACAAUAAUGGUGAUGGGUGGGAUAGUUAGAUAUUUAUUGAUUUUAUUAGAGGAUAUUUUAUGAAGGGUAAGUCAGCCUUGAUGCAUGCAGUGGGGGUCCUUUACAUGGAUGAUGUAGUACUUUUGUCUCCCCUCAGCUAUUCUCAGUUUCGGGUUUCAAUGACAUAACUAAUGGGGUGGAGAUAAGGAAUCACAGCCUCAAGUCAACAAAAGUCUGUUAGGUUGCAAUGAAUCAGUGUGCUUUGGGGCCCAGGGGUCAUAUACUGUAGCUAUUGUCUUUUGUUAUGAAGAUGGCUGUUAUUUAGCAGGCAGGUGUAGCUUAGUGAGGAAACAAAGGGAAGGCAGUCGCCUGAGCGAGACCCCCCCCCCCCCCCUCGCUCUUGCGAGUUCUCCCUCCAUGUUAAAUUGGUGUGUUGUCUUUCUCUCCCCCUUGGUGUGUGUGUUGCAGCACCCGGACAGUAAGAUGAUGCAGAUCAACUUGACCGGCUUCCUGAAUGGGAAGAAUGCCAGAGAGUUUAUGAGGGACCUGUGGCCUCUGCUGCUCAGUGCUCAGGACAACAUCGCCGGUAUCCCCUCCGCCUUCCUAGAGCAGAAGAAAGAGGAGAUCAAACAGAGACAGGUGAGCAACGAGACACAAUCACCACAUUGUUGUCAGGCACAUGUAUUUGUACAGUGUUUUACUACUUUGGCCUCGCAUGUACUUGUCUGUGGAACACUGGUCACUUUAAUAAUAUUUACAUACUGUUUUACUCAUUUCAUAUGUGUAUACUGUAUUCUAGUCAAUGCCAUUCCGAAAUUGCUCGUACUAAUAUUCCAUUAUUUUACUUUUAGAUUUGUGUGAAUUGUUAGAUACUACUGCACUGUUGGCGCUAGGAACACAAGCAUUUCGCUACACCCGCAAUAACAUCUGCUAAAUAUAGUGGGGAGAACAAGUAUUUGAUACACUGAUUUGAACUGAUUUUGCAGGUUUUCCUACUUACAAAACAUGUAGAGGUCUGUAAAUUUUAUCAUAGGUACACUUCAACUGUGAGAGACGGAAUCUAAAACAAAAAUCCAGAAAAUCACAUUGUAUGAUUUUUAAGUAAUUCAUUUGCAUUUUAUUGCAUGACAUAAGUAUUUGAUACAUCAGAAAAGCAGAACUUAAUAUUUGGUACAGAAACCUUUGUUUGCAAUUACAGAGAUCAUACGUUUCCUGUAGGUCUUGACCAGGUUUGCACACACUGCAGCAGGGAUUUUGGCCCACUCCUCCAUACAGACCUUCUCCAGAUCCUUCAGGUUUCGGGGCUGUCGCUGGGCAAUACGGACAAUAGAUUUUCUAUUGGGUUCAGGUCUGGAGACUGGCUAGGCCACUCCAGCACCUUGAGAUGCUUCUUAUGGAGCCACUCCUUAGUUGCCCUGGCUGUGUGUUUCGGGUCGUUGUCAUGCUGGAAGACCCAGCCACGACCCAUCUUCAAUGCUCUUACUGAGGGAAGGAGGUUGUUGGCCAAGAUCUCGUGAUACAUGGCCCCAUCCAUCCUCCCCUCAAUACGGUGCAGUCGUCCUGUCCCCUUUGCAGAAAAGCAUCCCCAAAGAAUGAUGUUUCCACCUCCAUGCUUCACGGUUGGGAUGGUGUUCUUGGGGUUGUACUCAUCCUUCUUCCUCCAAACACGGCGAGUGGAGUUUAGACCAAAAACCUAUAUUUUUGUCUCAUCAGACCACAUGACCUUCUCCCAUUCCUCCUCUGGAUCAUCCAGAUGGUCAUUGGCAAACUUCAGACGGGCCUGGACAUGCGCUGGCUUGAGCAGGGGGACCUUGCGUGCGCUGCAGGAUUUUAAUCCAUGACGGCGUAGUGUUACUAAUGGUUUUCUUUGAGACUGUGGUCCCAGCUCUCUUCAGGUCAUUGACCAGGUCCUGCCGUGUAGUUCUGGGCUGAUCCCUCACCUUCCUCAUGAUCAUUGAUGCCCCACGAGGUGAGAUCUUGCAUGGAGCCCCAGACCGAGGGUGAUUGACCGUCAUCUUGAACUUCUUCCAUUUUCUAAUAAUUGCGCCAACAGUUGUUGCCUUCUCACCAAGCUGCUUGCCUAUUGUCCUGUAGCCCAUCCCAGCCUUGUGCAGGUCUACACUUUUAUCCCUGAUGUCCAUACACAGCUCUCUGGUCUUGGCCAUUGUGGAGAGGUUGGAGUCUGUUUGAUUGAGUGUGUGGACAGGUGUCUUUUAUACAGGUAACGAGUUCAAACAGGUGCAGUUAAUGCAGGUAAUGAGUGGAGAACAGGAGGGCUUCUUAAAGAAAAACUAACAGGUCUGUGAGAGCUGGAAUUCUUACUGGUUGGUAGGUGAUCAAAUAUUUGUCAUGCAAUAAAAUGCAAAUUAAUUACUUAAAAAUCAUACAAUGUGAUUUUCUGGAUUUUUGUUUUAGAUUCCGUCUCUCACAGUUGAAGUGUACCUAUGAUAAAAAUUACAGACCGCUACAUGUUUGUAAGUAGGAAAACCUGCAAAAUUGGCAGUGUAUCAAAUACUUGUUCUCCCCACUGUAUGUGUAUGCCACCAAUAAGAUUUUGCUUUGUUGCAGAUUGAGCAGGAGAAGCUCGCCUCUCUGAAGAAGAUUGAUGAGAAGAAGGAAAAGGAAAACAAAGAGAACAGAGAAAGGGAGAGCCCCAGAAGGUGAGAGAAAUCACAUUCAAUAAAAUCCCUUGCAGUCAACCUCAAUCGAAAUGUUUAAAGAUGGUUCAUAUGGCAUUGGUUCUUAUCACAUUGUUUGUUGUCGUACAGGAGGAAGUCAAGGUCACAGUCUCCACGGCGACGGUCUCCAGUGAAGAGGGAGAGAAAGCGCAGUCACUCCCGCUCCCCGAGGCGUAAGCCCAGUCCCAGCAGCUCCCCUCCACCACCAGCCCCAGCCGUCACCCUGGCCAGUGUUACCCUACCCCAGAGCACUGAGGAGCCCCAGCCUGAGCCAGACACCUCUGAGAGCGCCGUCCCUGAGCCAGUCAUUCAAGAGGCCUCCUCCACCAGGUAAGAUGAUGGUUUGGGCACCGACUAUAUCUGGCAAUAUGCAGUAAUGUGGUUUUUCCUGACUGGUAAUUCCAGAUUUUCUACAUAAUUUAAUCAAAUUUGUGGUAUGUUUUCAUUUUCCAGUGACUUGAAGCCGGGCACUGUGGUUGUGGUACCUGACUCGGUGAUGAAGGUUAAAGAACCCUCCCCAGAUAAGGCUUCUAAAAAGGAUGAGAGGCCCAAGCCCAGGGAGAAGGACAGCAGGAGGGACAGGCCCCGCCACCACUCUCGCUCCCAUUCCCGCUCCCGUAGACGACCCAAAUCACGCUCCAGAUCUUACUCCCCACGCCGGAGGCCGAGCCCCAGGAGACGGAUGUCCCCUCGUCGUAGGAGCCCCCCCAGACGUGGCCCCCCAGGCCCCAGACACAGGCGCAGUCGCUCCCCUGUCCGCAGGUGAGUGGAGGGCCAUGCAAGUGUAGCAGAGUGCAGAAGUGUCUAUCACUGAAGCUGUCAUUAACUAGCCACCUUACCAAACAGCAUGUAAACCUGCGUUGUGGUUGAUUGUGCUCUGUUUGUCCCAUAGGCGGCGCUCUCGCUCCCAAUCAUCCUCUGGGAGCAACUCCUCCACGUCUCGCUCGUCUCAGAAGGCCAUGAAGAGAACGUCAACCACACCUCCCAGGAAACAGCCCCGCGGCCACGCAGCUGAUCCCUCCCUCAGCCCCUCCAGGAGAAGAGCCCCCAAUGGCAGCCCCUCUGGGAAGGCCCGACGCUCUGCCUCCCCUCGGGCCAGAAAGGGCCGGUCCUCAGCCUCCCCACCCAGAUCAGCUGGUAUGUUGGCUUUUCUUAAUUCUCUCCAUUCUAUAUAUAGCUACAUGCCACCCUCUCAUCCCUGCCCUAAUGUACAUUAAGUACUAUCAGAGUUUGCGAAGGGCUGUAAUGAACUUGCCCCAUCAUCCCUAUCAAACUUCCUCAUCAUCUCAAACGUGGAACUCCCUCACCUCGUCAGUGACUUCUUGUGUCACAUGAUCUGUGUGUGUGAUACACAUAUACCUUUCCUCUACACAAUCAUCCAGGGAUGGCUGUGUCUAUACAGCCAGAAGAUACUCUGCCUGUUGAACUCAAUGACCUGGAAACUUAUUUUUCAUGAUCUCAAAUCCCUGUAUCAGUUCAACCAUUGGUGUUAUACAAGCAAGUGUAUUUGUGAAUGAAUCUUGCUGGAAAGACUUUGGGCCCUAAAACGUCUUAUUGAUUUUCAGGUUCAAAGAAGAAACCAGCAUCAAGGAAUGAUUCACAGUCUCCUGUUCCAAAACCCAGGCAUUCUGAAGCAUCGGAGUCAGGUGGGUCUGCCUUCUAGUGUUUGUCUGUGUGGUGUGAUGCACCAUGGGUGUGGGUGAAUUGUUGUGUGUUUGUGUUUAGCUGUUUUCCCUAUCACCGAAUAGAGACUAACUGCUUUACGUUUCAGAGGGGGCUACCGCAGAUCCUGUGCAGCAGCGACGUCAGUAUCGCAGGCAGAAUCGGGAGACAUCUUCAGGUUAUAAGCGUUUUUAUUUGUCCCUCACCCCAUCUUUUUGCUAGCCCAGUCAGUCUCGUGUUGCACCCUGGUCUCGUGGGUCUUGAAGCUGUGCCCAAAACUACAUCUAGGUGUUUUUCCUUUUAAACAGCCACCUUAUGUUGCUACUGGGAAAUGACAUGUGCUGUCUACUUUUCGAUUGGUAACAGAUACUGGAUCAUCAUCCUCAUCAGAGGACGAUGGGUCCAAGAGGCCGGCCGGGGGACCAGCAGCGAGGAACGGGGAUGCCAGGAGGCGGCGCAGUCGCUCACCCUCCUCCCCCAGGAGACGACACAGGGACAGCUCCCCCAGGUCAGCUAUAGACGCUUUCUCCUAUCCCUCUCUCUCUUACUGUCAGGAUUCAAGUUUAGACGUUUUGCCCACAUCAAGCAUCAAUUCCUCAUUUAAAUGUUUGUUUUCCCGCUACAGAAAAAGACGUUCCCCCUCCCCUGGAGGACGCAGAUCUCCCCCACGACGUCGCAGAUCUCCCUCUCCUCCUAGACGCAGGUAAAAACCUUUUGCUACUUUUUUUUCUUUGAUUUCCUCAGUACUGAGCAUUGUUUCAAAAUUGUGCACCACACCUGAGAAUCAAAGAAUAACUCUGCUCAUAUGUCCUCCUCUGUUUCCCCAGGUCUCCCUCUCCACCUCCUCGCAGACGCUCCCCCUCACCCAGACGGUUCUCUCCCCCCAUCCAGCGGCGCUACAGCCCCACUCCCCUGGGCCCUCAGAAGAGAAGGCUAUCGGGGUCUCCCCCUCCCAAACGCCUAUCCCCGAUGCCCAAGCGCCGUCCCUCCAGGUCCCCGAAGCGCAGGAGUCCCCCUCCCCAAAAGAGACGCACACCUCCCCUCCCCACCUCUCCCCUCCGACACAGGAGGAGCCCCAUGCUCCCAUCCAACCGGCCGGGCCGGGACACUCGAUCCCCCCCUGCUGCUCACAGUAACCGCCUCUCCCGCUCCCCUGCCAACCGUGGUCGAGCCAUGCGGGGGUCCGCUAGUCCUCAGGGGUGCUUUGAUACCUCCGGCACCUCUCCACCUGGCCAGAGGCGCCAGGCGUCCCCCUCACACGGCAACAGGGCAAUCCGCAGGGUGUCCCGGACACCAGAGCCCCGCAAGAACCAGAGGUAAGCAGCUUCUAAUUGGCCUUAUUGAAGCCAAAGCGUGUGCUGCACAUUGACAAGUCACACCGCUAUUUUUAGAUGUAUGUUCCAGAUAUCACACAUUUGUAUUAUGUCUGUCCCUAUCAGAGCCUCUCAGAGCCCCCAGCCUAUGAGGAGAGUGUCAUCAAGGUCACCGUCUGGUUCCCCUAAACCAGGAGCCCUGAAGCAGCCGGCCCCAGCCUCGGGCUUCCCCUCACCAGGCCGCUCGGCCAGUGGGUCGCCAUCAGCCCCCCUGGCCAAAAAGGCCAGCAAUGGCUCUGGCAGCCCUUCUCCAAACAAGGUGAGUUUAUAGCUGCUGUCUGUUAAUAGUACGACGUGAGAUAAAUGUUUGACUCAACUAAGUGGCUAGUUGGGGAAGCAUUCUCAUGUUUCUGGGCACUAGUACCAUGAUGACUUCACUUGGUGGUCGACUGUAAAAUAGUUUAACCAAUGAAGUGCAUCAUCAUGCCCUCUUCUUGGCCCAACUGACUAAAUGAGGGUUGCUAAUGAAAUACUUAGUCACUUAUAGUCACUCUGCUUUGUCCUCUCCAUCUCAGAAUUCAGACACUGAGGCUGGAGGAAAGAAAAACAAGAAGAAGAAGAAGGAGAAGAAACACAAGAAAGAGAAGAAACACAAGAAGCACAAGAAACACAAGAAGGAGAAGAGUGGUGUGCCGGCGGCUGCUGGGGAUGGCCAGGAGAACCUGGGGAUGGAGGGGGAUGCGGAUUCCGACACCAAAAAGGUGAAGUCUACUCUUCUGAUUUACUGAGGGGGUUUAGCCUGCUUCACGUAUCAGCUCCACUAGCAUCUAAGUAGGGCUGGGCAAUGAGGACAAAAUAUCAUAUCACAAUUAUUUCUAAUUUAUGACUAUUUAGUUUUUCAAUAAUAAUGACACUAGGGCGGCAACUAAUAAAUUAUAAGUGGUUUUAAUGGGGCUUUCUCCAUUCUGAUUGUUUGAUAUAAUGGUGCCGGAGGGGAUGGCUGCUGUUUUACAGGCUCCUAACCAACUGUGCUAUUUUUUUUAUUAAUUUUUUUGCGUUGUUUGUAACUUAUUUUUAAACUUAUUGUGUACAUAAUGUUGCUGCAACCGUCUCUUAUGACCGAAAAUAACUUCUGGACAUCAGAACAGCGAUUACUCAACUCGCACUGGAUGAAGAUUCUUUCUUUAACGAGUCUGACGCGAAGGAUAUACUGCUUUCUCGGGAACGGCCCAAAUACCCGUCAUUUGCGUGAAGAAAAGGGGGGCGGAGGUCGGGCUGCCUUCUGGGAAUUCGUAGGCGAGUGAGUAAACCUCCACUACCAUCCGUUCUAUUGGCCAACGUGCAAUCAUUAGAAAACAAAAUGGAUGAUCUACGAUCAAGAAUAUCCUACCAACGGGACAUUAAUGACUGUAAAACUUAUGUUUCACUGAGUCGUGGCUGAACGAUGACACGGAUAAUAUAGAGCUGGUGGGAUUUUCCAUGCAUCGGCAGGACAGAGAAGCUACGUCUGGUAAGACGAGGGGCGUGUCUAACAGCUGGUGCGCGAUGUCUAAUAUUAAAGAAGUCUCAAAGUAUUGCUCACCUGAGGUAGAGUACCUCAUGAUAAGCUGUAGACCACACUAUCUACCAAGAGAGUUCUCAUCUAUAUUAUUCGUAGCCAUCUAUUUACCACCACAAACCGAUGCUGGCACUAAGACUGCACUCAACAAGCUGUAUAAGGCCAUAAGCAAACAAGAAAAUGGUCAUCCAGAAGCGACGCUCCUAGUGGUCGGGGACUUUAAUGCAAGCAAACUUAUAUUAGUUUUACCUAAUUUCUACCAGCAUGUCACGUGCAACCAGAGGAAAAAAAACUAGACCACCUUUACUCCACACACAGAGACUCAUACAAACCUCCAUUUGGCAAAUCUAACCUUAAUUCUAUCCUCCUGAUUCAAAACAGGAAGUACCAGUGACUCGCUCAAUAUGGAAAUGGUCAGGAUGCUAUGCUACAGGACUGUUUUGCUAGCACAGACUGGAAUAUGUUCCGGGAUUCAUCUAAUGGCAUUGAGGAUUAAACCACCUCAGUCAUCGGCUUCAUCAUUAAGUGCAUCGACGACGUCGUCCCCACAGUGACCGUACGUACAUAUCCCAGCCAGAAGCCAUUGAUUACAGGCAACAUCCACAUCGAGCUAAAGGCUAGAGCUGCCGCUUUCAAGGAGCGGGACACUAAUCUGGACAUUUAUAAGAAAUCCCGCUACACCCUCUGACGAACCAUCAAACAGGCAAAGCAUUAAUACAGGACUAAGAUUGAAUCCUACUCUACCGGCUCGUCGGAUGUGGCAGGGCUUGAAAACUAUUACAGACUACAAAGGGAAACCCAGCCACGAGCUUCCCAGACGAGCUAAAUGCCUUUUUAUGCUCGCUUCGAGCCAAGCAACACUGAAGCAUGCAUGAGAGCACAAGCUGUUCCGGACGACUGUGUGAUAACGCUCUCUCGGUAGCCGGUGUGAGCAAGACCUUUAAACAGUUUAACAUUCACAAAGCCGCGGGGCCAUUUUCAGCCUCUCCCUGACAGUCUGUAAUACCUACAUGUUUCAAGCAGACCACCAUAGUCCCUGUGCCCAAGGAAGCGAAGGUAACCUGCCUAAAUGAUUACCGCCCCAUGGCACUCACGUUGGUAGCCAUGAAGUGCUUUGAAAGGCUGGUCAUGGCUCACAUCAUCACCAUUAUCCCAGAAACCCUAGACCCACUUUUUGCAUACCGCCCCAACAGAUCCACAGAUGAUGCAAUCUCAAUCGCACUCCACAUUGCCCUUUCCCACCUGGACAAAAGGAACACUUAUGUGAGAAUGCUGUUCAUUGACUACAGCUCAGCAUUCAAAACCAUAGUGCCCACAAAGCUCAUCACUAAGCUAAGGACCCUGGGACUGAACACCUCCCUCUGCAACUGGAUCCUGGACUUCCUGACGGGCCGCCCCCAAGUGGUAAGGGUAGGCAACAAUACGUCUGCCACGUUGAUCCUCAACACUGGGGCCCCUCAGGGGUGUGUGCUUAGUCCCCUCCUGUACUCCCUGUUCACCCACGACUGCAUGGCCAACACCAUCAAGUUUGCUGACGACACGAGUGGUAGGCCUGAUCACCGACAACGAGGAGACAGCCUAUAGGGAGGUCGUCAGAGACCUGGCAGUGUGGUUUCAGGACCACAACCUCUUCCUCCAAUGUGAGCAAGAUAAAGGAGCUGGUCGUGGACCACAGGAAAAGGCUGGCCGAACAGGCCCCCAUUAACCUUGACAGGGGAGUAGUGGAGCGGGUUGAGAGUUUCAAGUUCCUUGGUGUCCACAUCACUAACAAACUCCACAUCACCAAGACAGUCGAAAAGAUGGCAAGACAACACCUUUUCCCCCUAAGGAGACUGAAAAGAGCUUCCUGCCAUCCAGGACCUAUAUACUAGGCGGUGUCAGAGGAAAGCCCAAAAAUGUGUCAGACUCCAGUCACCCAAGUCAUAGACUGUUCUCUCUGCUACCGCACGGUAAGCGGUACCGGAGCGUCAAGUCUAGGACCAAAAGGCUCCUUAACAGCUUCUAUCCCCCCAAGCCAUAAGACUGCUGAACAAUUAAUCAAAUGCCCCCGCCCCCGCUCCAUUUGUUUUUUACGCCACUGCUACCCGCUGUCUAUCUAUGCAGUCACUUUACCCCUACAAAUUACCUCGACUAACCUGUACCCCUGCACAUUGACUCGGUACCGGUACCCUCUUUAUAUAGCCUCGUUAUUGUUAUUUUAUUGUUUUUAAUUAUUUUUAACUUUUUAGUUUAUUUGGUACAUAUUUUCUUAACUCUUUCUUUACAUUUCUUGAACUGCAUUGCUGGUUAAGGGCCUGUAAGUAAGCAUUUCAUGGCAUUCGGCUCAUUUGACAAAUAAAGUUUGAUUUGAUACUGUUCAAACUUCAAUUAGGGUGGCGCGAUAAGGCCUAAAAAUAAAAUCUACAUUCUUUUUCUAACUUAUAUCUAGAUGUUUUCUCAAAAUAAGCUUUGUUGUGCAAUUUAAAGGUCAAUACACUACAUUUCAAACAGUCAGCGAUAAUCAGGGUUUGUGAAAUUAUACCUGGGCUAAAUAUCAGCCUUCCACAACCAUAGGACCCACUAAUAAAUGAUUUUAUCAAAAUAGUUGAACCUGCCAUUUUGCAGUAUUCACUGAUCUGGCUUUCAAGUCUUUCUUUCUGCCCCUUGUGUUACUUAUUUAGCCAGAACAAUGCACAUUUCACAUCCACUAAUAAUGACCAAGCUCUUGUAGCAGGUGAGUUCAUUACAGAAAAUUAACACAGGUCUCAUAAACGAUCUCUCAAGCACAAGCCCAUGUGUUGGUGAGAAGCCAGCUAAUCUUUAUACACUGCUCAAAAAAAUAAAGGGAACACUUAAACAACACAAUGUAACUCCAAGUCAAUCACACUUCUGUGAAAUCAAACUGUCCACUUAGGAAGCAACACUGAUUGACAAUACAUUUCACAUGCUGUUGUGCAAAUGGAAUAGACAACAGGUGGAAAUUAUAGGCAAUUAGCAAGACACCCCCAAUAAAGAAGUGGUUCUGCAGGUGGUGACCACAGACCACUUCUCAGUUCCUAUGCUUCCUGGCUGAUGUUUUGGUCACUUUUGAAUGCUGGGGGUGCUUUCACUCUAGUGGUAGCAUGAGACGGAGUCUACAACCCACACAAGUGGCUCAGGUAGUGCAGCUCAUCCAGGAUGGCACAUCAAUGCGAGCUGUGGCAAGAAGGUUUGCUGUGUCUGUCAGUGUAGUGUCCAGAGCAUGGAGGUGCUACCAGGAGACAGGCCAGUACAUCAGGAGACGUGGAGGAGGCCGUAGGAGGGCAACAACCCAGAAGCAAGACCGCUACCUCCGCCUUUGUGCAAGGAGGAGCAGGAGGAGCACUGCCAGAGCCCUGCAAAAUGACCUCCAGCAGGCCACAAAUGUGCAUGUGUCUGCUCAAACGGUCAGAAACAGACUCCAUGAGGGUGGUAUGAGGGCCCGACGUCCACAGGUGGGGGUUGUGCUUACAGCCCAACACCGUGCAGGACGUUUGGCAUUUGCCAGAGAACACCAAGAUUGGCAAAUUCGCCACUGGCGCCCUGUGCUCUUCACAGAUGAAAGCAGGUUCACACUGAGCACGUGACAGAGUCUGGAGACGCCGUGGAGAACGUUCUGCUGCCUGCAACAUCCUCCAGCAUUACCAGGUUUGGCGGUGGGUCAGUCAUGGUGUGGGGUGGCAUUUCUUUGGGGGGCCGCACAGCCCUCCAUGUGCUCGCCAGAGGUAGCCUGACUGCCAUUAGGUACUGAGAUGAGAUCCUCAGACCCCUUGUGAGACCAUAUGCUGGUGCGGUUGGCCCUGGGUUCCUCCUAAUGCAAGACAAUGCUAGACCUCAUGUGGCUGGAGUGUCAGCAGUUCCUGCAAGAGGAAGGCAUUGAUGUUAUGGACUGGCCCGCCCGUUCCCCAGACCUGAAUCCAAUUGAGCACAUCUGGGACAUCAUGUCUCGCUCCAUCCACCAACGCCACGUUGCACCACAGACUGUCCAGGAGUUGGCGGAUGCUUUAGUCCAGGUCUGGGAGGAGAUCCCUCAGGAGACCAUCCGCCACCUCAUCAGGAGCGUGCCCAGGCGUUGUAGGGAGGUCAUACAGGCAUGUGGAGGCCACACACACUACUGAGCCUAAUUUUUGAUUUGUUUUAAGGACAUUACAUCAAAGUUGGAUCAGCCUGUAGUGUGGUUUUCCACUAUAAUUGUGAGGGUGACUCCAAAUCCAGACCUCCAUGCGUUGAUAAAUUUGAUUUCCAUUGAUAAAUGUUGUGAUUUUGUUGUCAGCACAUUCAACUAUGUAAAGAAAAAAGUAUUUAAUAAGAUUAUUUUAUUCAUUCAGAUCUAGGAUGUGUUGUUUAAGUGUUCCCUUUAUUUUUUUGAGCAGUGUAUUUAAAUUCUAGCCAACUUGGAUCUAUUAGCUAGCUAACAAGGUUGAACUGUUAAACACUUUCCUGUCCAUCUCCACCUGUUUGAACAGCAUGCUAACCUGCUCAUGUUGUAAUCAAGUGUCCUAGCUGGAUAAGAAUAUGCUUAUUUCACAGAAUGAGAACGAGUUGCCAAAUCCUUACAUAAAUGCUUUUUAUGCUGAUUUCAAAUGGACUAAACAGCUAGCACAUAACACUGUGGCUAAAAUGCUGCUAGCGGUACCUUCAUGCCACGCGCUGACAAACUGAACAAUCUUCCAGUAUCAAUGUUCAUCGUACUCCUGAGUGGCGCAGUGGUUCGAAUCCAGGCUCUGUCGCAGGCUCUGUCGCAGCCGGCCGCAACCGGGAGACUCAUGGGUGGCGCACAAUUGGCCCAGCGUCGUCCAGGGUAGGGGAGGGAAUGGCCGGCAGGGAUGUAGCUCAGUUGAUAGAGCAUGGCGUUUGCAACGCCAGGGUUGUGGGUUCGAUUCCCACGGGGGGCCAGUAUAAAAAAAUAAAAAAAAAUAUUCACUAACUGUAAGUCGCUCUGGAUAAGAGCGUCUGCUAAAUGACUAAAAUGUAAAUGUAAUACUCCCGUUAUUAGUAGUGUCUUCCCUGUGCACAGUUUGGAGUUGAGACAUAAACAGGGUAUCAUUAGAAAGAUUAAUGUAUUUAUUACAGUAAUACAAAGUUUUUUUUUUUUUUAUGUCCAUAUAACUGAUUCUGUUGGACGACACAAAGAUUGAUUUGGAACUGCUUGUCAGAGGUGGGCUCUGUUGUGAGUGGCAGUAGGGAGGGGGUGUGUGAGUUAGUGGGAAUGUGCACAUACAGAGGAGUGAGGGAGACUAGACUAAAAAUGCAUGAGAAGAAGCGGUUCGCGGAGCAAGCAUUCACGGAAAAAAGUCUGACUGCACUCGAAGCUCUUGCUAGCAAGUUGGUCGUUCUCAGCUGUUAGUCUCUUACUGGCAGUAAAAAUUGACGAUUGCCAUAAUUUUUAUUGUUUUCACCAGUUUAAUCUUUGGUUAUUACUUUUAACAAACCAAACAUUAAUAUACAAUUUUAUAGAAAGGUAAAGUAAAAAUCCAAACCGGUCAGUCCAUCAAUACCAGUGUAUAUACUAAAAUAAGGUUUACCGCCCAGCAUUUAAGCAUCACAUCUAUUUCAUUCAAAAUAAACAAAUUAGACAUGGUUGUAGAAGUUAAAUGGUGCACCGCUGUCAUUUAUUGCAUGUCGUCAGCUGAUUGUAUUUAUUUAUUCAAAUACUAUGAUGAAGCAUGCUGCAGCAUGAUACCACCUACCUUGCAACGUAACUGAAAUAUGAUAUAAUUAAUGCUACCUUUCUUUAAGGAAUCAGACAGUGAAGUAGAAGAGCGUCUCGACGACCUAGAGAAGCACCUGAGAGAGAAGGCACUGCGUUCCAUGAGGAAAGCUGGAAAGCUGUCCCCGCCACUGUCCUGA